GGAAGUAAUGUGUGACACUAAGUUCAGAACUACCCAUGUGCUGCUCGUCACCGGUGUUGUGUCUGCGGGGCGUGAACAGCUCCGAACUCCCGUGAAAAGGCGCGGCUCUGCGUCUGUGCAGCGUCGUUGAUUUUUAGUCGCACGUCAUCUUUAUGACUCGAUUCGUGUUGCCGUCAAAUCGAUGAGACGCAGGCAUGCCGUCCGAACCGCGCUGUCAGCCUAGCACGACGAAGACUCGCAACGCGGCUUACGAGGAAUAUCUGCGCAACCUCCAAAAUUGGGAGACCAGCAUCAAGAUGAAAGACGCACAGCUUCGCUGCUUGAAGUCCAAGCUCCAGCCGGCCACGGAGCCUAUGCCUGUGAAGAGACCUGCUUCAUCGGAAGAUAACACACCAUGUGCAGGCAGCGUGGCGUCAGACUCCAUGGUUGCAUUAGAGACUUUAAUAAAUGAUGAAAGCACAUCGGAGACUAGUGGCAGCGAUGACGAGCAGUUUCAAGCUGAAUGGAAGCGUCAACGAGCACUUAUUGAAAAGGAAAAGGGCAACAGACUCUUCAAAGAUGGCCGCUAUGAUGAAGCAAUUGAAAGCUACGGCAUAGGCAUUGAAUGUGACCCCCAGAAUCCGGUGCUCUAUGCCAAUAGAGCAAUGGCAUUUUUGCGUAAAAACAUGUUUGGCGCUGCUGAAGAAGACUGCAAUCGGGCCUUGGAGUGGGAUCCCAACUACAUCAAAGCCUACCACCGGCGCGGUCUGGCUCGACAAAGCCUCUCCAAGAAGGCCCUUGCCGCAGAGGAUUUCCGCAUGGUCCUCUCCCUGGAGUCAAACAACAAGGAAGCGAGGCAGCACCUGACCAAACUAGAAAAGGAAUUAAAGGCUGGAGUUGGUGACGUGGUCACAACAAAGGCCUCCUCAAGUUCCCACUCUUUGAAUGCCAAAGAACCAGCAGGCCAAGUUGAAAAGCCAACGAAGAAGGGCUCUGCAGCUGAAAAGACGUCACUGCCCAUCAGAGCAGUGACUGCAGUUAAAGUGGAGCCCCUGACUGCCCCUAGAACCAGGAAAGUAUCAGAACAGAGACUGCUGAAGAGGGUACCCAUCCGUGACGUGCCAGGUGGAACGCGCCUCAAAGAGGAGUGGGUGGCAGCAACAAAGACACAUAAGCCGGAGCUCCCGCCAGCUGCACCAAGUUCAUACCAGUUUCAGGUCGACUGGCGGCAGCUGGCCCCAUUUCCCGAGCUGCGCUACAGAUACCUCAAGCAAAUGAACCCGAGCAAAUUAGGAACAUUUUUUCAAGAAUCGAUGGAGACUGAACUCUUCUGCGACAUUCUGUGCAUUCUGGAGAACCAGUUUAUGAGGGAUGGUGUAGAUAUCUACCCCAUUUUGAGCAGCCUGCCGAAAGUGGGCCGUUUCUCAACAUUAGUUGUGUUCCUUGGAAGUGAAGACAAGAAGCGACUGGCGAGGUUGCUUGCCAUCGCCUCAAAAGUAGAUCCGGGUCUCGCAGACAGCUAUGGAUUGUGAUGAAGACACUGUCAUCAUGUCACCAUGAAAGCACAGACAAAACUCAUUGCUGCCAUGAGUCACUGUAAAAGCUUCAUGCAACUUUUUUGGCACUGUAAAAAGAAUGCAUGCACUUCACCACAACAUUGUUCUACUCACUGCCUUGUAGACAGUCACAGUGUUUUAAUUUUAAAUAAACGUGUUUCAAAAAUUGCA